AUGAUAUCGAGAUGGGCUGGGUUUUUUUUUGUAGAUCAAUUAAGUUUUUAUUUUUUAAAUUUGAUAACGAUUUUUAAAAAUCUAAGUAAGAUAUUAAUCAAUCGCAGAGGGUUAAAACAUCUAUAUUAUUACAAAGCCUCGUUUAAAAUUAAAGGAGUUGUUCUUAAGACAUUUAUUGAAAGAGAGCCCAUAUAUAAACAAAAUCUCCAGCAAUUGGCUAAUAACUUUUUGUAA